AUGUUCAGUUGUUCUUUAUCCUCGAGCGCGUCGUUUUACGGGCAGCCUUUAGCGACGACGACGACGACGAGGUUGAGAAAGAGGAGGAGUGCUUACAACAAAGAUAUGAAAGGAGUAGUCUUUGCGAAGAAGCGAGAAGAGAAGGACAAAAACUACCCAAACUUAUACACGCCGCAAGAUGGAGAACUCGCGGAACGGAAAGCCGCGCGAACGUUGAAACGGUUGUUCACGUACGUUUCGAUUCGGGUAGUGCAAGCGCACUUGGAAGGCCAAGGGAACGACGGCGGAUUCGCUCCUCAGGUCACGGGGUACGACGGGAAAGUUCAAUGUCCGGAUUAUAACGAUUUGAGGAACGCAAUGGAAGGUAUCGACUUAGGCGAUGGGGACAGCUGGGUCAGAGAGUUUGGUAAGGUAAACCCGGCGGUGACUUUGCGGAUUUUAGAAGCGAGGAAAGCGUAUUGCGAAGAGUUUGAUUACGAAAUGUUGGAGUCGUUCGUGGACGACGAUAUCGUGAAAGCGAACACGGAAUUGAUGACGGAGAUUAUGAACAGAUCGUUCGAGAAAGAGGAAGAAGAGGAAGAAGAAGAAGAAGGGGCUCGAUAA